GUGUGUGUGUGUGUGUGUGUGUACGCAGCUGCAUCUCAUGUCUCAGUGCAGCGGCAGCAUCGAGGACAUUAAAAGAGUUUCUCUGAUCCUGGAUGAGGAGGAGCGUCCGGAGGAGCUCGGGCUGACGGGACUGACAGCUUCAGACAAACAGUCAGGUGUGAUUGAGCGCUGGGAGCUGAUCCAGGCUCAGUCCAGGAGCGACCUGCACGCCGACCCUCAGGAGCCCCAAAAUCUCUCAUCUGACCUCGAUGACAUCACUUCCUGGUUGGAAAAGGUCACCCCGGAGCUGGAGCGCCUCCAGCAGUCCGACCCAGCAGCCAGUAUCGAGGACAUGGCAGCCAGAGCCAAAGAACUAAAGGAGAUGCAGAAGAUGUUUACCCGCUACAAGUCCGUCAUGCUGUCAGUGAACCUGCGGGCUCCGGAGCUGCAGAGAGCGGCUGCUAUGAACCGAGGGUGGAGCAGAGCCUGUUCCAGCCUCCAGCUGUGGGACAGCAGCCUGAGGGGCACGCUGAUGCGCUGCCAGGAGUUCCAUGAGCGCCUCCACUCCCUGCUGCUGUGGCUGGCCCACGCAGAGAGCCGGCGCUACGCAGUGGACAUCAGAGACCCACACACACCUGUGGCAGCGCUGCAACAACACCGCAACACACUCACAGCUCUGCAGGCGGAGCUGCAGGCCAGGCAGGCGCAGCAGGUGGAGCUGCAGGCGCUGUGGGCGCAGCUGCAGCCGGAGGACGGGGCGGAGGAAGAGGAAGAAGAGGAGAGCAGAGAGGCCCAGGAGAAGCUCCACGUGACGGGGAGCAAACUGAAGCUGCUGCUGAGGCAGGUGGAGCAGGACCUCAGCACCCUGCCGCCACAGCUGAGUUGUGGAUCUGCAUCAGAAGUCCAGGGACAAAGCGCCUCUGCAGAUCCAAAGAAAGGUUCCUCUCCUAAAAGAGAGAGGAGGGACUUGUCUCCCCCCCGCUCCUCCUUCUUCUACAGAGUCCUCCGCGCUGCCUUCCCCCUGCACCUCCUCUUCCUCUUCCUCCUGCUGCUCCCCUGUGUCAUCCCGUGGUCGGAGAGCGAGCCCGGCUGCACCGCCGCCAAUAACUUCGCCCGGUCCUUCUACCCCAUGUUAAAAUACACCAACGGUCCCCCCCCCACCUAACAACCCUGAGGACCAACUGAGAAACACAAGCCUCCUUUCUGUCACACUGAAACCCCUGAACAAACGUGUACAAAUAAUGUAAAGAAGUGAUAGUCUUCUAAAACUAAAAUGUGUUUCUAUUCUUGAAGAUUUGAUCUUAGAACAGAUUGUAUUUAUUUUAUAAACAAAACCGUGCAUUUGACUGCAUUUUAAAUCAGGAAAAACAACAGCUUUGAACAAAAAUGCGGAUAUUCUAGUUUAAUAAUGCAAUGUCUCUACACUACUGCAGCCUCAUCUCCUCUUAAGAAGAGACACAGUAGACGCAUAGUGUGGCAGAGACAACAAAGAGGGCGUACAGUAACAGCAUAGAAAUAUGAGUUACUGGUGAGAUAGUUUAAAUAUCCUUCAGCAAAUAUAUUCCAUUGAGUUCAUUGGACAAAAAUGAGAGGAGGAAAUCAAUGAUAAUAUAUUUGUACUGGCUUCCAAACACAGACUUAUCAGUGGACUUGCACUAAACAAGUCCCUGCUUGGCCUUUUCAAGAUUUUUAUUUCACGUGUACAAUAUCUGUCAUUUACAUGUUAUUUUAUGAACUGCUGACAUUUCGUGUUCCCCUAAAACAAAAGCAUGGUUGAUUUUUUUUAUGUCAGAUAUUACAUGUCACGCAAUCCCCACAGGAGCACUUUGGGUUGAAGCGUCUCAGGGACACAACGACAUACUGACUGCAGUGGGGUUUGAACCUGUGCUCCCCUGAUCCAACACCAACGCACAACCCACUGCACCACACACCUCCAGACUGAACUCUUUUUAAAAAAAAUGUGGGGUUUUUUUACAAGAAAAGGCACAAUACUAUUUUAAUGUUAUCUUUAUAAAGCCAACCGUACAAAAUGAUGGCAGUUUUAUACACACACACAAUUGUAUAUUUUUUUAGAUGCUAUUUGAGUAGAUUGUGAGCACUGCUGAAACACUGUAGAUUUAUCAGGAUGAUGUGUAUGUACAGAAUGUGAUAAUAUAAUGCUUAUUUAUAACAUCAAACGGUGGAUUCAUCCUAAUCUUCUGGUAGUAAACACUGAUUGUCUUAA